AUGUUGGGUGUCACAGCGGACCGCAAGCGCCGACACGACGCUGAAGAGCAGCGCCAAGCCAAGUCUGAGAGAUUGGUGGAUGCGCUAGCCACCAGCCUUACCAGCAACGACCGAUUCCAGGAGCAGCACCUGAAACUGCUGGAGGGGCAGGCGGCACACGGGAAGGCGGCGGAAGAGAGCCGCGCCGCCGCCUCCAAGGAGCUGGCGACCAUGGCAGCCGCCAUGAAGGAAAAGGAGGCAUAG